AUGCCUACCAAAUCACCCUAUCCCGACAUCCACAUCCCAAAUGUCGACCUCUGGGGCCUGAUGUUUGAGCAGCCUCGAGAGUUUGCCGACUCUCAAGUGAUAUAUCGCUCCGUGGACUUUUCCCGUCAGUACACGUGGGCCGACGUCAAGGAAGCUGCGACGGCAUUCGGCAGUGGUCUUCGAAAUCUGUGGGACUGGCAAAAGGGCGAUGUGCUCAACAUCUAUGCCCCGAACGAUGUCGACUUCGCGGCCGUCGUCUACGGCGUGUUUUAUGCCGGAGGUGUCGUGUCUCCCGCCAACCCAGGGUAUUCGGUAGACGAACUGGCGUUCCAAUUGACCAAUUCUGGAUCCAAGGCCAUUGUCACCACGAUUGACUUCCUAGCGACCGCCUUGAAAGCAGCAAAGCGGUCUAACAUUCCAGAAGACCGUGUGAUAUUGUUAGGUACCGGACGAGACCCGGCCCACAGAAUCAAACACUGGACCGACAUUCGCAAGACAAGUGGCUCGAGCCGUUACCUACGACGGAAAUUGGACCCUGACAACGACCUCGCUUUCCUGGUGUACAGCUCAGGGACAACCGGCCUACCGAAAGGGGUGAUGCUCACCCACCGCAACGUCAUUGCCGAUGUCCUCAUGAUCCACGGAGCGGUCGGGAAGUGGUACUCCAGCGGAAAGGACAAGAUUCUAGGAGUAUUGCCUUUUUUCCAUAUUUAUGGGCUGACCGGCCUCGUCCAUCAGCCCUUACACCGGGGCAUUGAGCUGGUGGUCAUGCCGGCCUUCAACCUGGAAAUCUUUCUCAAAGCCAUCCAGGAGCACAAGAUCACGUUCAUUUACGUGGCGCCGCCAGUGAUUGUGCGAUUGGCUCGAGAUAAAGUGGUAGACCAGUACGACCUCAGCACCGUCCGGAUGAUCACGAGUGGAGCGGCGCCUUUAACUCGAGAGCUGGUGGACGCGGUGUACAAACGAUUGAACAUCAAAAUCAACCAAGCAUACGGACUCAGCGAGACAAGCCCCAUGACGCAUACUCAGCCAUGGGACGAGUGGUACUCUUCAGUGGGCAGUGUCGGCAAAAUGUUCCCCAGCAUGACUGCCAAAUACAUCUCUCCAGACGGCGAUGAAGUCGGACCCGGUGAGACGGGUGAACUGUAUCUGUCCGGUCCCAAUGUGUUCAAGGGCUAUUGGAAGAACGAAGUAGCCACCAAAGAGGCCCUGACGCCAGAUGGGUAUUUCAAGACGGGCGAUGUGGGAUUCCAAGACAAACACCACAACUUUUAUAUCACCGAUCGAGUCAAGGAGCUGAUCAAGUUCAAAGGGUUCCAAGUGGCUCCCGCCGAGCUCGAGGGCAAGCUGAUGGAUCACCCUGGGAUCAACGAUGUGGCAGUGAUCGGGGUGUAUGAUGAACAGCAACAUACCGAGGUGCCGCGAGCCUAUGUGGUGGCUGCUCCGGGAAAAGCCAGUGAAAAGGAUGCGGCAGAGAUUGUGAGCUGGGUGGCAGGGAAGAUGGCCAACCACAAGAGGCUACGAGGAGGAGUGCGGUUCAUCGACGAGAUUCCCAAGAGUGCGGCAGGCAAGAUUCUGAGGCGGGUUUUGAAGGAGAGGGCGAAGCAAGAGGACGCGGGCAAGUCUGUGAAGGCCAAGCUGUGA